UCAAUAACAAAAUAUUUCAAGGCAUAUGCGCAUUCAUAUUCAAAUUCGACAGUUCAAUUCACAUUUCUCCAUGAAAUACCAGAUUAAAUAAAAUUCCUUUGAUGAUAAUAAUAAUGAGUUAAAAAAAUUGAAAAUAAGUGAGAGGGACUGGGCAAUUGGGAAAAUAAAAAAUAAUGGCACCAUCGAAAACAUCGAAUUUUGAGAGGCUAGUGGUGCACGCUAUAAAGAGACUUCAAGACAUUCAGGGUUCAACAUCUAAGGAGAUAAGUAAUUGGUUGGCCCAAGAGUAUCAGGUACCGGUUGAAGAAAUAAAGAGGCAGGUACGUCUUGCUCUUCGUCGUGGCACAGAUUACGGGAUUUUGACGCGUCGAAAAGGGGGAAUUUAUGUGUGCGAUCGCGAGUCUCACCAGGUGAAUUCAGCUCGAGGAGAUGAUGCCCGCGAGUGUAAUACGGCGUACAAGAAAUUGCGGGCCUGGAGGAAGAGCAGGGGUAGACGGAGGAAGUCGUCGAGGGGUAGGGGCCGACGGGGCAGAGGUCGCAAGCGAAAAAGAAGCGGAAGUGGCAGGAAGCGGAAGAGAUCGGGAAGGAGAUGAGGCAUGUGUUAUCGCGGCGCGAUUAUCAUGAAUUUUGGCGAUUUUUAUGAAAAAAAUUGGUGGAAAAACGAGGAGGCAAAUUCCAGGGACUGUGGCUUCCCGGUGCGGCCGUCCCUGGGACACACGGCCUUGUCGGCUAAUGAUAGUACCGCUAAUGAUGCGUUCACACACGCUCACGCAUCUACAUGCCCUAUCCAUUUGAACGCGCACGUAAAUAUAGUCAUUCCAUCCCUCAACACCCAAAAAUACUGGGAACAUCAGGAAGACUUCUAGUCGUGAGGAGAUAAUAAAUUCAUGGGGAGCAUUAACAAUCGGUCUUUUUUUUUUUCUCAACGUUCAUCAACUUUCUCUUUCAGUGGAAAUGGAUUUUUUUUUCGCUGAUGGUAUUGGUUGCAAUUAUUUUCCCCGUUGGCAAGUGACAAAAGGCUGCGCGUUAACCCGAAAAUAUCCAUCUCAUGUGCGGUAUGUCGAAAUCUGGCAUAAGUUCUGGCACCAAGCCCAAGACACGUCUUGAGUUUUCUUUGGCGUUGGCCUAUCCCUGGGGUUGUAUUAGAGGUAAAAGGCGAAUGGUAAUGGUGGUGAUGGUGUAAAGUGCACGAGGAAACAGACUUGAAACGAGAGAGAAAAAAAAUGAGGUGGAAUGAAUGUCGAUGGAAGAGACUUGCGAAUAUGUAGUUGUGUUUAUUCAUCUAUUUUCACUGGACCCCUGUCUUUCGCACUCCGUCCGUCAAACAUUUUGACAUUCGUUCCAACUCAGAGGCAAAUGGAAAUAAUAAACCCGAUGAAUUAUCACUUUGAGAUGCUGAACGUUUGUAAAGUAAAUUUGCGGGUGGAGGAAGCGACUUGUUUUUUUUUUUUUAAUCACUACUCGAUGGAGCAUUAAUUUGAUGUGUCAUUGUGUUAAUGGUCUUUGGUAUAAUUUAUCGAUAGGUUCGGCGGGUUAUCUCGAGACGGAAAUGUCGAGUCCCACGAAAAAUCCAAUGCCGCUAUUUUUAUUGGGAGGAGUUGAGCGCCUAUUGGGGUGGAGAAUGAAAUUCCGUUUGUUAUCAACAAGGGAAUUAGACCCUCGAAUCGAUUAAACAAAGCGUGUGAAAAGUUGGUCGCAAUGUGCUCCGUACACUGUGACGCAAUGAAUGACCCUUGAGUAUAUGCACAUACUUGGAUAAUAUCGGGGAUCAAGUACUUAAAUAAAGUAACGGAGUAAUGUGGUGUAGAGAUAGUUACAACAGGCUAGAGUUGACAGUGAAACAGGCAGACAAUUUUCUCAUAAAAAAAUUAAACAAAAAAAACGAUCCAUUGAUUUGCUCAUUCACCAAUACUCCAAUUCAACAAUAAAUGUACGUCAUACAUCUUUCGUAUUGUCAAUAAAUUCGUAGACACUUCAGCGU